UCACUGAAUUUUUAUAAUAAUAUUUCUUAAAAAUGUGGAAGUUCCUUAUGAAGUGUUUUCUGCUGCAUUCUGUGAUCUACAUAUUCUCAAGACUUGUUCAGGAGUUGGGUUUGCUGACUAUCUCAGAUGACUACAUAAGAUACAAAAUUGAGAAAUGCAACAAAUUAUCUUGACUAGUAGAAAUAAGUAAGCUGAUAUUUGUAUACAGUGGAGCAAAUAUACUGAUGAUCCAGAUUUUAUCACUGGAAGUUCUGUUAGAAUAUUGCCUUGGCCAAUGCAGUUUCAUAUUGUUCAUAAUCUCCAAGCUGCCCUGCUUAUACUGCCUCAGUGUUAUAAUCGAACAGUACUUCUUGACUCCCCUUCAAAAGAAGAAAUACAUCGCUGAUUCAUAUUUCUUACUGCUUUUGAAUAAUUUCUUGAAAGGGUCAUUUUGGAUGAACCUCUUAAUGUAUCUGACACUGGCUCCAAGGUAUUUCAAGAUGCUUCUGCUUGUCUUUGUAAAUCUAGAAGAGAAGUUCAACAGGAAUUUAGCAGGCUUGAUUACUCUUGUAGAUGUAUGAGUGAGACAAAUUGAGAUUGGCAUCUGGAGAAUCCAGAUUCUGCAAUUCAAAGAUAAAUACAUCAGAGGAGAAGGAAAUUACUCAAUGUUUCUUGUGAGUAGAAUAUCUGGAUUUUUUGAGUUGAUAGAUCGUCAGGAUUACCAAUCUAUGCUUGACUUAUAUUGGUAUUUAAGUGCUGUCUCCACUAUAGUGUUUGCCUUUUUAUUAGCUAUAUAUUGGUAUUGCAACAAAAAAGAGCUAAAUAAGAUCACACUUGAGUGCCCUAAUGUUGACGAUUAUGGGGUUCCUAAUAACUUUGCACCAAACGCUUUUGACUAAAU